UGGGGGGUGGGCAGCGGAGCCGGGGACCCAGCGUCAGCGCCCGCCCGCGCGCGGGUCCCCUCCACGGCCACACGGAGCGGUGCGUGGGACGCGCAUCUCCACCGGCUGUCCCUACCGAGCAGGGUCUGUGCGGACCCUGAGUCAGGCAACCGCCCGGGACGGAGGGCGGGGUUAUCUUCCUCGGGGCUCGUCCGCCGUCAGCCGUGGGAACGCUAACUUCGUCCCCAGGGAUCGGUGGGGGCGGGGGUGGGCGAAGUUCUCCUCCCCUGGAGCUCACCUCCCCCUCCGGGGCCGCCCCUCCCCCGCCUCCCAUGGCACCGCUCUCAGAGCAUCCUCACUCCGCCCAGUUCGGUGCCAGCUGCGUGGGCUCUAGCUUCGUGCGUUUUCCUUGGAAUGCUCCAAAACUCGGCAGCGACUAAGGAAAUCCCAUUGGAUUUGGCCGGGCGUGCUCUCCCUGGGCAUAGCACCCGCACCGCAUGUCCUUGGAUCGAUCGCUCUUCAGCCAGAAGACUGCCAACUGCCAACUUUGCAGAGACAAGGAAAUAGCAUGGCAUGAAACAUGGCUCAGUUCUAUUACAAAAGAAAUGUGAAUGCCCCCUACAGAGAUCGCAUCCCUCUAAGGAUAGUCCGAGCGGAAUCCGAACUCUCACCAUCAGAAAAAGCCUACUUAAAUGCUGUGGAAAAGGGAGAUUAUGCAAGUGUCAAGAAAUCCCUGGAGGAAGCCGAAAUUUAUUUUAAAAUCAAUAUUAAUUGCAUUGAUCCUCUUGGAAGAACUGCUCUCCUCAUUGCAAUUGAAAAUGAGAACUUGGAGCUCAUCGAACUACUUUUAAGCUUUAAUGUCUAUGUUGGAGAUGCUCUAUUACACGCUAUUAGGAAAGAAGUUGUUGGAGCUGUUGAGCUGUUACUGAAUCACAAAAAGCCCAGUGGAGAAAAACAGGUGCCUCCCAUACUCCUUGAUAAGCAGUUCUCUGAAUUCACUCCAGACAUUACACCAAUCAUUUUGGCAGCCCAUACAAAUAAUUAUGAGAUAAUAAAGCUUUUAGUUCAGAAAGGAGUUUCGGUGCCCAGACCCCACGAGGUCCGCUGUAACUGUGUCGAAUGCGUCUCCAGUUCAGAUGUGGAUAGCCUCCGCCAUUCACGCUCAAGACUCAACAUCUACAAGGCCUUGGCCAGCCCCUCUCUCAUCGCACUGUCAAGUGAAGACCCUUUCCUCACAGCCUUUCAGUUAAGUUGGGAGCUUCAGGAACUGAGUAAGGUGGAGAACGAAUUCAAGUCAGAGUAUGAAGAGCUGUCCCGACAGUGCAAACAGUUUGCUAAGGACCUACUGGAUCAGACAAGGAGCUCCAGAGAACUGGAAAUCAUUCUUAAUUACAGAGAUGACAGUAGUCUCAUAGAAGAACAAAGCGGAAAUGAUCUCGCAAGACUAAAAUUGGCUAUAAAGUACCGGCAAAAAGAGUUUGUUGCUCAGCCCAACUGUCAACAACUGCUUGCAUCUCGCUGGUAUGAUGAGUUCCCGGGCUGGAGGAGACGACACUGGGCAGUGAAGAUGGUGACGUGUUUCAUAAUAGGACUCCUUUUUCCCGUCUUCUCUGUGUGCUAUCUUAUAGCUCCUAAAAGCCCACUGGGACUGUUCAUCAGAAAGCCCUUUAUCAAGUUCAUCUGCCAUACAGCGUCCUAUUUGACUUUUUUGUUCCUGCUGCUGCUUGCCUCUCAGCACAUCGACAGGUCAGACUUGAACAGGCAAGGUCCACCACCAACCAUCGUCGAGUGGAUGAUAUUACCGUGGGUCCUGGGUUUCAUAUGGGGAGAAAUUAAACAAAUGUGGGAUGGUGGACUUCAAGAUUACAUCCAUGAUUGGUGGAAUCUAAUGGAUUUUGUGAUGAAUUCCUUAUAUUUGGCAACAAUCUCUUUGAAAAUCGUUGCAUUUGUAAAGUACAGUGCUCUGAAUCCACGAGAAUCUUGGGACAUGUGGCAUCCCACUCUAGUGGCUGAAGCUUUAUUUGCCAUCGCAAACAUCUUCAGUUCCCUGCGCCUGAUCUCACUGUUUACUGCAAAUUCUCACCUGGGGCCUCUGCAAAUAUCUCUGGGAAGAAUGCUCCUGGACAUUUUGAAGUUCCUAUUCAUAUACUGCCUUGUGUUGCUAGCAUUUGCAAAUGGCCUAAAUCAAUUGUAUUUCUAUUAUGAAGAAACAAAAGGGUUAAGCUGUAAAGGCAUACGAUGUGAAAAGCAGAACAAUGCAUUUUCAACGUUAUUUGAGACACUCCAGUCCCUAUUUUGGUCAAUAUUUGGGCUCAUCAAUUUAUAUGUGACCAAUGUCAAAGCACAGCAUGAAUUCACUGAGUUUGUUGGUGCCACGAUGUUUGGGACAUACAAUGUCAUCUCUCUGGUGGUCCUACUCAACAUGUUAAUAGCUAUGAUGAAUAAUUCGUACCAACUCAUUGCUGACCAUGCAGAUAUAGAAUGGAAGUUUGCUCGAACAAAGCUUUGGAUGAGUUAUUUCGAAGAAGGAGGUACUCUGCCCACUCCCUUCAAUGUCAUCCCGAGCCCCAAGUCUCUCUGGUACCUGAUCAAAUGGAUAUGGACACACCUGUGCAAGAAAAAGAUGAGAAGAAAGCCUGAAAGUUUUGGAACAAUAGGGAGGCGAGCUGCUGAUAAUUUGAGAAGACAUCACCAGUAUCAAGAGGUUAUGCGGAACCUGGUGAAGAGGUAUGUUGCCGCAAUGAUCAGAGAUGCCAAAACUGAAGAAGGUCUGACUGAAGAGAACUUUAAGGAACUAAAGCAAGACAUUUCUAGUUUCCGCUUUGAAGUCCUGGGGUUACUAAGAGGAAGCAAGCUCUCUACCGUCCAGUCGGCUCAGGCCACAAAGGAGUCCUCCAACUCUGCGGACUCGGAUGAAAAGAGUGACAACGAAGGCAGUAGCAAAGACAAGAAAAAGAACUUCAGCCUUUUCGAUUUAACCACCCUGAUUCACCCGCGAUCGGCAGCGAUUGCCUCCGAAAGACACAACAUCAGCAAUGGCUCCGCCCUAGUGGUGCAAGAGCCCCCAAGAGAGAAGCAGAGAAAAGUGAACUUUGUGACCGAUAUCAAAAACUUCGGGUUAUUUCACAGACGGUCAAAACAAAACGCUGCUGAGCAAAAUGCAAACCAAAUCUUCUCUGUUUCAGAAGAAGUUGCUCGUCAGCAGGCCGAAAGACCACUAGAGAGGAAUAUUCAACUGGAAUCCCGAGGGUUAGCUUCGCGGGGUGACUUGAACAUCCCUGGUCUCAGUGAACAGUGCAUCUUAGUAGACCAUCGAGAAAGGAAUACGGACACCCUGGGUUUACAGGUGGGCAAGAGAGUGUGUUCCUUCAAGUCGGAGAAGGUGGUGGUGGAGGACACUGUUCCAAUAAUACCAAAGGAGAAGCACGCAAAGGAAGAGGACUCCAGUAUAGACUAUGAUGGAAACCUCACGGACACAGCCACCCACGAAGAUUAUGUGACCACAAGAUUGUGAUACUUGAAGGAGGGAGCGUUGAUCAUACAUAUACAUAUUUUCCAUAGUGCCCUGGGUAGGGGGAGAUGUUUAAAGUAAAUUAGCAAAUGCUAACUUCCACCUCAUAGCAUUUAUCAACUGUCGCAUAUUAACGUGUAACCUGUUUAAAUAAGGCAAAGGCUAUCAAAAACCCUGGUUUCAUAGCCAGCUUUUGCUUUCACAAUUUGUUUUACCUUUUUUUUUUUUUUUUUGGUUAAUAAAUAAACGCACCUUGUAUUCUUGUACUAUUGCAAUAAUCCACAGGAAAUUUUUAGCUCUCUUUUUCAACUAAAACAAAUGCAACUUAUUUCAUGUGGUAGUUGACUCCUAUAGUAGGUAUUUUUAUAUGCAGAAAAACAAUGCAGCUGAAAUAUUAGAGCUUUUCAUAAUUUUGGGGGAUCUCUAGAGAUGGUUACACAUCAAGGACUUUUCGGGCAGCCCUACAAUUUGGCUUUAAAACAAAAAUAUUACCAAAUUAUUUCUGAACAUGUAAAUACAGCACAGAUUAAAGCAAGCAAGCCUUCUUUUCAUGGAGUCGUGAUCAAACCCCCUCCUAAAAUGAAAAGCAGGUGUACUUUGGAGUUCUAGGAUGCCCACUUUUUCAUUUCAGUAAGUAAAAUAAAUGUUUGUCUUAAUAAAUAUUGGUGAUUGAUGAUUUUUAAUGAGACUUUGUCAUGAACAAAGUUUUAUUUCAGGUUUUUUUAAAUUACCUUUUUCAGGUUCAGUUGCUAGUCAGUAUAAAUAUGAGGCUUUAUGAAUAAUAGAAUUUCAAAAUGUGGCAAAAGUUCUCAGUGCUACAAAAGAAUAACAAUAAAUUAGAGUAGGUAAUGCUCCUUAAACAAAGCAAGAUGUUACAUUCUCAUAGGAUCCAUAAAUUCAUUCUAAACUCUAAAUCUAAGCAAAGUUAAAUUCUAUUUCAAUCAGUGCAAUAUUAUUGCCAAUUCAAGAAAAAUACGGAAACCUAAUGGUUUCCUCUUCUUUCCUCCAGUGACUGGUACAUAUUUCUUUAAAAUUAAGAUUUCCAAAAAUCAUUAUUAAUUUUAGCAGUAGAUAUAGAUAUUAAGUUUUCCCCAUACGAACAACAUUCUUAAUUACUUGUUUCUUCUGUUGUUUUCAAAGUAAUUUAUCUUAUAUUCAUUCACUGAACCACUAAAAAGAAAAUGUUUUCACCUAAUAUGAAAAGGCACUGGCAACUUCUUAAAGUUUAAAUUAUGUAACUUGUGACUAUAUAAGCCACCAUAGAAAUAGAAGUUCCUUCACCACAUGCAGUAAGCAUUUAUUUCAAAUCAAUAGAAAAACGAUGAGUUCAUUUUACUUCAGAAAUUACCUCCACAGACUAGACAAAUGGUAUAUAAUUUAACAUUGACCCAAAACUGCAUACUAUUACAAAACCCAGUGUCUGGGGCGGCUGGGUGGCUAAGUCGGUUAAGCGUCCGACUUCGGCUCAGGUCAUAAUCUCGUGGUUUGUGAGUUCAAGCCCCGUGUCAGGCUCUGUGCUGACAGCUCGGAGCCUGGCACCUGUUUCAGAUUCCGUAUCUCCUCCUCUCUCUGCCCCUCCCCUCUGUUCAUGCUCUGUCUCUCUGUUUCUCAGUAAUAAAUAAACAUGAAAAAAUUUUUGAAAAAACACCCCAGUUUCUGAUUACCAUACAUCAAAAAUAAGGAGUAACAGCAAUAACAAUGCCAGCCACCGUUCUAUAUGCAACACGUGUAUUUACACAUAUGUACUACUUACAACAAUGGUGUGAAGUAGCUACUGUUCUUAGCCCACUUUAUAUUUGAAGAAACUGAGACAGGCACUAACGAAGGUUCACAGUUAGUGAUGGAGCUAUGACGGGUCCUUCAGGGCCAAGCCUUUAACCACUACAUGUAACCACUACAUGCCUCUCUGAACAUAAACAGACCAAGCAAAAAAUGUGCACCUAUCGGGCUUACUAUUGAUUGCUGCUUCUGAAAUGGUGCAUUUUGAGAGAGAAUGAGUGUGGAGUUUACUCCAUAAAUGUGUUCCUCUCGUAAAGUAAGAAGAAUGCAUAUAAUUAAAGAUAUAUUGGAUUCAUUAGACUCAAUUAUAUUAUAGAAGUUAGUAAGUUUAAAAAAACAUAUUAGGUAUGGGACAUCAGAAUUCAACCUGGAAUAUUAGAUUUUAGUUUCCAAAUAAGCCACAACCCGGAGGCACUGAGUUUACUGCUCUUUCCCAAAUCUGGUUUUGUCCGAGAGAUAUAGGAAUGGGCCUGGUAGGUUUGGAGAAGCACAAAAAGGCUAAUGAAUGUUCUCAUUGCCUCAAGCACAUUCAUUUAUGUUAGAACGAGUGUGUUAGAACUCACAAUAAGCCCUGGGGAUAGUGAAACACCCAAACUGUUCUAAGUCAGACAGACAUAUAUUCUGUAGAGAAACAUAGACCUGUUCUCAGUAUUUGGAGUAUGUUCCAAUGAUUCUGUUCUGCUUCUGUUGUUAAUGUUGUUUCUUCCAAAGUAAAAAUCGUAUACAUCACCAUUAUACAUACUCUACCAGAAUUUAAUUUCAAAUGUCCUCUGUUUCUUCAAAUGACACCAACAACAAUAAAAACAAAACGAAGCAAAAUUUUCCCAGGAGUUUAUUUAUAUCAAGGGUUAGGGUGCUGAUGUUUUAAAGGUAAACAUGGUGACAACAGAGGGACUUACUUGGAGCCAGUAACACCACACUUUGCAGUGUUCCAAAAAUGAUGGUUUUUAACAACCCUCUGUCAGAUGUCACUGACAGAUGAUGCAUCUAUGAGUUUAAACAAAAUAUUGAAUACUGUUAGUACAAUAUGUCCUAGAAGUGAACAUUAUUCUGAAUACGCAGUGAUGUUAGGUAGCAUUAAUGAAGAUGAACAGUAGGGAAAGAAUGAGAAAACAUAAAACAGCAGGAUUUCAAAUAGAAGGAUAUUUUUUGAAGUCUCUAAAUGAGUAAUUUGGGGUUUUCUUUUCAUUUCCAUUCAUAUUUCUAUGAACAUAAACUCCUAAACACAAAAGAGAGGUUUCAUAUCAUACCUUGUAUAAAUAAUGUUUCUUAUGUUUUGUGUCCUGUUGGCCUUGCUAUUAGUUGCUUACCUUCACUUAUUUAUUCAUAGCCAGGGUUAAGUGGAAGAGUGUCUAGAAAAUUCAGUUAACUCUAAUAGAACUAGGUUAUACUCACAGCACUUCACUUAUCAUGUAUUUUGGAAAACCCAUUUCCAAGAAAAAAAUGCUAUGAAGAUGGACCUCUUUAUUUGUGAUAGAUAUUUUCCUGAAAAUAUCUGUGUUAAUAAAUCUGUAUUAACUGCAGUAGGGAACUGGUUACGUAAAAAAAGAAAACAUGGUAGUGAAAUAUUUUGUAAAAUGAUGAAUUAUUUUUCAAAGUGAUAAUCAUGCUCUAAAAUGUAACUGUUUCAUAAGCUGGAUAUUUGUAUAUCAAAUUUUCUUAAAUUAGAUAUUUUAUUUAUUGGCUGGCAAUUAAACUACUGCAAAAGCAUACCCACUUUCUUGCCUUGACCUAGAUAGCAACUUUAGUGAUACGGACAUACCUUAGUAAUCGAACACACAAAUCCUAACAAAUACCUUGGGUAACUGUUAGGGUAUAAAGAAAGAAACUUGCCAUAUUAUUCUCCAAGAAGCAGUCAAUUUUCCAGCCAGUGUAGAAGGAAUAUGGGUAACCAGUGAUAUAAAGAUGCACUCUUCUAAUAUUCACUAAUCCUUACUAAUUCUGGGAUUUAGUUGAGCGAAUGAUUGUCCAGUUCCAUGACUUUUGCCCAUUCUUAGUUUUUGUACAUGUGUUUGCAGAACAAUUUAUACAUUUCAGACUGUAUCCCUAAAAAUCAACUGAGCAAAAACCAUCCAUGUGUCUCUGUCAAUAGGUUUACAAUGACUGAAAUUUUUAAAAAGCCAAAUUUAUGAAUAUAUUUCACCAUUUUGAAAAUUAUUUAUUCUGUUUAACUUAUUACAUUUUUUUCCUUGCCUUAUAUUUUCCAAAGUUCAGACCUCCCAGUAAUUUGCAUUUAAAAGUUAAUCUCUGGAAGUCUCUUUAAAUUCAACUUCAAAUAUAUUAUCUUAAUUAUUUCACAAUAAAUUACAAUGAAUUUUGUUUAUAUAGUGUUAUCGCAUGACUUUUUAAAAAAUGGAACAUUAUUAAAUAAGUUCUCCAUAGGUCACUGGAAAAACAAAGGUUAAGGGCACUUAAGGGUUUAUGGCAGUUAUUCAGAUUUACCCUGCUAUUAAGUGGUCGAGUUGGAGCUUAAAGAAAAACUCUUCAUCUAGAUAUUCAGAUGAGAUAUCAGGUUCUAAAUGUUUUGGGUAAUGAAUUUUUAUUUUUGUGGAAUUUUUUCUUCUUUGCCCUCUCCUUCAGUAGAAAAUUUUUGUAGUUGUUCAAACUUUCCACAGCCAAAAUUUGGAAUAUAUUACUCUUUUCUCCCAACAAAAUUUUGUUUACGGAUUAAAAAAAAACAAACAAACUGGUUUCUUACCAUUUUCUAAAAAAUACACUUUGCCAUUUUCACUUCUACUGUAGAUUUUGUGAUAACGCUAUAUACACAUUAGCAACAAUAAAAUGUAUAAAAUAAAAUUAAACCUUCCCAACUGAAAAAUGAUAGAGCUGGAAAAUAUGAAGGUGACCCAAGAUUGAGAUCAAGAGACCAGGGCCAAAUAUGGUCAUGCUCCCAGUGAGUUGACAAAGAGUGAUGUUGUCUCUGCCAGUGAAAUUUACCAGGAGCAAAACCAUCAGUUUCCUCUAGAGCUGCACUGUCCAAUAUGGUAGCUACUAUUGAUGUAAGGCGACUAAGCACCUGAAAUGGGUCUAUGAGUAUAAAAUACACACUGGAUUUCAAAGACUUAAUAUGAGAACAAUGUAAAAUAUCUCAUUAAUAUUUACAUUGGUUACGUGUUGAAAUGAUAGUAUUUUGGAUGCACUGGGAUAAAAUAUAUGAACGAAAAUAGUUUCAUGCUUCUUUUUACCUUUUAAUGUAGCUACUAGAAAGUAUUAAAAAUACAUCUGUGACUCACAUUUGUAAUUUGCAGUACAUUUCUAUUGGACAGUGAUGCUCUGAAGCAUCUCUACUGGUUUCACUCAGUUCAUGUAUAUCCACCAUUUGAAUUUCACAGGUAAAACGUAUUCAACCACUCAAAAAAUAUUGCUUUCGUUCAACUAAAAUUUGCUAUCUCUCCUUGAUUCCUAAUCUUCUAAUGGA